AUGAUAUCUUUGUUAAUACUUGCAUUGUCUUUACUUAUUGUAAGAAGUAAUCCCAUUGAUGUGAUUUAUUUCUCUCAAGAUGGUAAUGCCAAUUUGGGACUUCUCAAACUUAAAGCAGAUAACUACUUAUUUGUUUUAACUUCAUUAGUCAACAAAUUAAGGAAGUUUGAUCUGAUCAGAGAUGAUGAGUAUUCUAAUUCUGUUUUAAAGGUCAGAGAACAACAAGAAGCUCUCAUGAGAUUCUUUGACAAAUUUGAAGAAGAGAAAAAAGCAUCGAGAGAUGAUAUCGAUGAGCUUUCCAAAUUGAUGAUCAAAAUAUUUUUGAAUGACAAUCCAUCAAAUCCACAAGGAUUUUACCUUAGAAAUAUGAACAUGAUGAUGAGAAAGGUUCAAAAUUCUGAUAUUGAAGACAGGUAUAAAAACACGUUUUACACCUUAUUAUUUGUACCAAAGUUUUAUUACCUUUGCAUGUAUAAAACAUUAAUAGAAAUCUCAAAAGAUAAAAAAUUUUCUUUUAAUCAGCAUCUUAGACGAGCAAUUGAAUUGUUAAAAGAAUACAUUCAAAGAAUAAAAAGCGCCCAUGAGAAUGCAGUUGCCGAUAAAGACAUUCUUGAACAGAGACAAAACCAGUUCCACAGAUCUGUUGAUAUUGACAAUUUCAGAAGAAAUCCUCAAAUUGCUUCUUUCUCUUCUUCUGGUAGUGGCAGUUACAAAACUUCUGUUCCAAGUUUCACCCCACCUCCACCCCCACGAACUCCACCAGUGCCAGCUCCAAGACAAAGAAUUCCACAACAACAACUUCCUGAAUCGCCACGUCUGUCUCAAACAAGAACAGCUCUUCAUACUCCACCCACACAAAGAAGACCAUUCCCAAUAUAUGAAACACCAAAAAAUAGAAGACCAGGAAGACAGUUCAAAAUGCCAGUGUUUGAUGAUGUUGUACUCGAAACCAAUUCUUAUCCAAAGAAAAGAUUUUCAUAG